UUGGUGUGUUUGUUGUGUGACGCAGAAAGGACUACGGCAGCACCCAGACCCCACAUUAUUAUGAUUGUCGCGGAUGACCUGGUGAGAAACCUUUCAAACUUAGAAACCCCGGCAUCAAAAUUGCUUUCAUCUCUAUUUUAUAAGAUGCAACAGUAGCAUCUAUGCCAACUGCAAUUGUAUCUUUUUUUUCUCGUCCUCUAUGGCGCUGGCCAAAAGGAUCGCGCCUCCCUGAAAGUGAAUGGCAUUUUGUACGCACCAUUUUCACAUUGUUUAUAAUGCACCUUCUUAACCCCCCAAAUUUUGCAUAUCAGUUGUUUCCCAUUUCUUCUGGGCAUUAAAAAUUGACGAAAAUGCUUGCGCAAAAACUGGGAGCAAACAAGGUGUAUUAUGGGUAAUGUGAAUAUGGUGAAAUCUUGUUAACUUGCCAUUUGCGCAUACACAAUAAACAAGUUAUGGGGAUGGAAUGGAGCAAUAAACCUUUUCCACCUGUUUAUUAUUCUUUCACGUUCCUGUCAAUCGAGAAAGCAUUUGUAAAACUGAUUUUUUUCUCCAAUAUGACGCCUGAAAGUAAUUGAUAUUAACAGAAAAGACCACUAAUAUAUCAACGAGAGGGUGUAACAGAGGCAAUAAAUAUAUGAAAAUUUUGUGGUUAAAGCAGCUGGAAUAAUUCCUUUGAACUGCUUCUUCCAGGGAUGGGACGACGUCAGUUUUCACGGUUCUUCUCAGAUUCCCACUCCAAGUAUCGAUGAAUUAGCAAACAAUGGCGUCAUUCUUAACAGUUAUUACGUAUCACCGAUCUGUACUCCAACCCGUGCCUCUAUUAUGACGGGUAAACACCCCACGAAACUAGGUAAGUCUUAAAUAUUCUUGCUUUUGUUAUAAUCAUAAUUAUUUACUUACUCACUCACUCACUCACUUAAUUACUUACUUUAUCUAAAACCCACCUGACAAAAUCUUUCCGCAAGGCCUGACCAAGCAUGGCAUUUCUUAUUUCUUUACUCUUCAGUCCAGCGUCACCUCGAUUACGUAGUUCUCGGUCUACCUUGGUCUGGGUGAUCAUGUUGCGGUUCUCCAAAGAUUAUUUCUGAAGCAGUUCCUUCAUUGUGACGAGCACAAUGACCAGGUUAUCAUGAUCGUCUCUCUCGUAUUGUUUCACGACUGUUGGAGUAUACAAGAAUGAUUCUGAUUCAGCCAGUGAUAAUGGCGAUUGGAAAAAAGAGUAAACACUUUUAUGUACCCUUCUCAGUUAUCUCAAGAACGCAAGUGUUGUUCCUGCCGGGAAUAAAGUCGGCUACCGCUACAAAGUCUGGUACCCAACCAACUGAACCCAGCCUGACGAGUAGAUUCUUUAGUUGAGGAUUUUGAGAUAACUGGUGCUCGCUAACGGAUGUGAUAAGAAGCAAUGUAUAAUAUAUAAAGAAAACCUAAAAUGAUUGCCAAGAAUUUUCAGUUAAACUCAGUCACAACAUACAUAUAACGUUUUAUUACGCAGGGAUUCAACAUGGCACCAUAUACGGCACCCAGCCUUACGGGCUUCCUUUGGGUGAAACCACGACACCACAAUACCUUAAGUCACUUGGUUACAGUACACAUGGAGUGGGCAAGGUAUUUAGAUAAAAACCAUACACGUCAAAAGAGAAUAUAUCUUACAGUGAUAAGGGUACAUUAACAUGUGAAACAUGAGGGCAUAGAGCUAAACUUUCAUGACUUUUAAGUUUAGAAUUCCAAGAGAUGUAGGGGAAUUCCAAGAGAUAUGGACCGAACCUAGAGAUUUGUUUUGAACAAUGUAAUCGUUAGUAAAAAGUAUGUACUGGAUAAAAUAAUGGCGUGCGAUCUGUAUGGGCAUUACUGACAGUGGCGAGCCGAGAGCAAGCCAUUGUAGUACCGAUACAGAUAUCCUGCUCAUAAUUUAUCUCCACGCAAAGAUCAACAAAGAAGUCUGAACUAUCGUACUGAAGUAAAACCAAUUUAUUCAUUCCUUUAAAAGUGAUUUAAACUUGGAUACGGCCUAAAUUAACAUAGCCUGAGACAUUUGGCGACGCUAUUACUGGUUUCCCCGCCAAAUGACGUCUGAGAAACGAGCUCAGAAAUUCCAUACUGAUGACGCGUCACUACCCAGAUCUGGGUAGUGUCCCUUUAAUUAGUUCUGAAAACAGGCGGCGUUUUCAUAACUCAUCUAAGGGCACUUUCCAUUUGUCAGAACUGACCGGCCAGACUAUUCCCGUCACAAUGAUCCAGCCAGAUCAGUUUUAAAAAUCCUAAAUAGUAUGCAUGAAGGCGAUGUUUUUUUUAUAGCAAAAACUCUCGGUAAAACCCUAUUUCAUUUUCAAACUGACCAGUCCGGCCAUGGUCCAGCCGGCCAGCACAGACAAAUGGAAAGCGCCUCAAGUCCUGAUUAUUGGUUCAGUCAAUUUUGAACGAUUUGUUAAUAUACCUCUCAAACGGACAACAAAACUCAACUUGUGGAUAAAAUCUUUAUUAUACUGCGAAAGAAAACUUGAAUGGCUAAACGCAUUGAUUACAAUAACAAUCGGGUCAAUCUCAUUUUCUUUUAUUUCAAGUUUGCGCUUUUUUUAAAGUGUUAACUAAGUAUUUCGGAUUCCUUGCAGCUUUCUUGUGGUUCUUAACAGCAAGUUUAAAACUAGCCUGUGAGCAGGCUCACUUGUGUGAAUUCGGAAAAAAUUUUCGUGGCGGAGCCGCCAGCGCCAACAUUUUCCCCAAACUCGUAUAAGUGAGCCUGUUAAAACUUUACCGCGAAAAUUGGCUCCUAUUUUUCAAGCGUAUACUUGACUGAUCAACUUCAAGUCGAGGCGAACCUCUUCAAGACGGCCACCCUUUGGACACAGGUAAUUGGCCGUUAUAAGAGUGAGGCCUAGGCCAAACGUCAGAGUUUUCAUAAUACUCACCAAACUCUGAUUUGAGUCGACCUAAAUUGAGUUCAGAUCGUUUGUUGAGUCAGACAUCGAACCUAGGACGCGUCGCAAGGAAUUUUAAUACAUUUUCUCCCGAACGAGGCUAAAUAUACAUUAUCAUAGAAAUUUUGUAAUUUAUUAGUUUAGAUCGUCGCAUGUGACGAUCGACGUUUGUCCCAGAGGCGAUCUUCAGACGUUCUAUCCGUCUGAAGCACACAGAUCUUGAGUACGUGCUGAAUAAUCCAAACUCAUUCAGACGAACUAACUGAGCCAGAUGUGGAACUUUUCAUGAAAAUAACUUGUUAAGUUUGGCUUGUCUCAUGAAAAGUUCGACUUUAUGCCUAGGCCUGAGGCUACAUUCACACGGGGUACCCAACGUAUUUUCAAAGGGUUGGAUAUUCGUGCGUUUAUUUAGAAGCCUAGCCGUUCUUGAGUAUGAAUUUUUUUUGCCAGUACGGUAAAAAAUUUUAUUAAUGCAGUGUGAACAUAAAUUUAAACAUGAAUUUGAGUUGUCUCCUCGAAUCUCGUCUUUCUCUCUCCCGAGAAAGACGUGCCGACUCGAGGAGACGGCUGAAAUUCAGGCUAGUGUGUAAACACUUUCACCGUCUAAAUUUUAGUGCGGCAACGGCGUGGUUGCACGGAUGCAUAGUAACUCAGCUGGGAGACGUUAUUUUUGGUUUCUUUAAGUCGCGUUCUGUUCAUAGGCAGAUGGUAAAACAACUCAAAAAAGUUAAAAUUCAACUUGGUUUGUCAGUUCUGUGCAAACAGAGCAAAAAUAUUGAACGGUUUCGUGUGAACGAAAUGUUCAGCAGGUCGAAAAUUUGUCCACUAGCCUGUGAUGGUAGCCUGAAUGUAUCCACUGUGAUGAAGAAAACUGCCCAUGGUGAAGAGAUGGCUGUUAUAGGGAGGUGGUUGCUGGAAGAGGUUCGACUGUGCCAAAUUACGACAAUUCCUUAUGAGGCAGACCCCAAACCGAGGGAGUGUAAUCAGCUCACGGCAUCGAGUGGACGUUGUAUUUAUAUCUUUUCUUUGUAUUUCAAUGUCUUAGUGGCAUUUAGGUUUCUUUAAAGAAGCCUAUACUCCCACGCAGCGAGGAUUUGAUUCAUUCUAUGGCUUCAUGACAGGAAAAACUGAUUACUGGAGUCAUCAGUCAUACGAAGACUUUUGGGGGUUGGACCUGACAAGUAACAUGGAGGUAUUCAUCCCACAUGCAACUCGUUCACUGCUGCGCGUGAGACUAUCAAGAAAUAUCCUAGCCGGAUUUUAAACCAAGCAGUAACUUGCUUAUACAGCUACAACCCUGGUGAAAUCGUCUUGGAACACUUGAGGAAAUUAGGCACAAAGACGCACUUUGCUUAAAUUAACUCAUAUUCUACCUCUUAAAAAAGCUUGGAGAUGUUGUUAUAAGGGGCUAUUUCUGCUGUCUCCCUCUUCCCCAAACAGUGUUGAUUGUGUUGAAUUACAGCUUGACUACAUAACGUCGACACUGCACCGAGUUGGAAGGGGGGAAGGAGGAUGCCUCAAUUUGACGAGCUAUUGCGUUAGUGUCCUAAGAGUUUUGACCAGGGUUGUAGCUAAUCGUUCUCUUACCUGUUUGGAUUUUUUAACCUCUUGGUGCUCAGUUUUUGUUAGUUCGCUGUGGUUUCCCUGAAUCAUGAUGUACACAGCUACAAGUUUCUUGCUAAGCACAGCCGCAGCAAAUAAAUUGAGCAACUUUUUGUCAUUGCAUUGUUUUUGAUUGAGCUGAGCCUGUUCGUGCUACUUUAUCUCAUCAGCCAGUGAGAGAAAAGUCAGGUCACUACAAUACAGAGUUAUUUACAGAAGUUGCACAGAACAUAAUAGCUGGCCACAAGUUAUCAACACCACUGUUUCUCUAUAUUGCUCACCAAGCGGUGCACUCUGGUAAUUUACAAGAUCCGUUACAAGCACCGAAGAGACUUGUGGAUGUAAGUAAAAGUUAGAUCUUUUUGUGAGUUAUAAGUGCUAUUCAUAGUGUUCUAAUAUAAGUGACACUUGAAUCAUAGUGGAGGCAAAACAAUAAAAAUAUGGCAGUGGUGAUGAAGGGAAAGUAAAAUUUAUUGCAGGAGCGAAAUAACUGAAUUGUUCAGGAGAAGGAAGGGGAAUAUAGGAAAUAAAAAAUGGUGUUUUCAGAUUGGUGCUUGAAGGAGCUAGUUUGCUUUUAAAUGAAAUUUAAAAUUUGAAGCGAAUGAAAAAAUUGUAGUAGCUGAGGUUAAUGACAACCUUAAUCAAAACUACUUGCAUGAGCCAUUUCAAUCGGCUCUAAAAAAAUAUCACAGUACUGAUUGAAAUGAUAUCAUCUGUGCGUUGGACAAAAAGGAAACGGUCAUCUUCACACUAUUAGACCUCUUAGCGGCUUUUGACAUGGGCAGCUGACCACUUUAUCAUUCUCUCUCGUUUGAAAACUUGAUUUGGCUUUGGUGACAAAGUUUUAGCCUGGUUCACGUCUUAUCUAUCUGCGAUGCGCGAAGGCAAUUUGUUAAAAUUGAAGGCAACCAAUCGUCAAUGCGUUAUCUUCAUCAUGGAGUUGUCCAGGGAUCUGUGCUGGGUUCAUUGCAUUUUCUUCUCUACACCUCUCCCCUAUCUGAUAUUAUUCAUAAACAUAAUGGCAAUAGUUUUCGCAGUUGCGCAGAUAAUAGUCAGAUUUACAUGACUCCUUCCCGGGAGGCAGCGUGGUCGAGCGCUCAACGCGUCGGUCUCGCAAUACGGCGGUCCCGGGUUCGAGUGCCGCUCUAGGUUCCGUUUCUCGAAAGCACUGAUAAUUAACGGGCCCGUAAACCUGUUGUUGUUUACAUGCAAGAUAGAGGUUUCAACAGUUUUGUAUCAACAUGAUAAAACUAUCAGUUAUUGAAACAAAAUGGAGAAGUUUGCUGCCCAUGAUCUGUGCCCUUAUUCUUUGUAUUUCGAUUAGAAUAUUUGAUUUCGGGCCCGAAAAGUUACCGGGACUUUCGAGAAACCGGCCCCGGCCACUUGCUAGAUUUGUUCUCGGUCGUCUCGAGUUCAAAUCCUCGGCCACGCUUGUAAAUAACCAACUGGUUGCCUCCUGCCAGUUGGGGUUUGAAAUCCUGUUAUGUUGUACUUUAAUAUUUGUUUUUCUAAGUAUUUACUGAUUGUAAAGCUCUUUGGAUCACUAAGAGAAAGGCGCUAUGUAAGUGUAUAUAAUUAUUAUUAUUAUUAUUAUUGUUUUUACUUAAACUAUUGAAAACGCUCUUCUUGCCAAAGGGACAAGUGAUAGUCGUAUUCAAGAUAUUGAUUCAUGGAUUUCUGUUAACAUGCUCAAAUUAAAUCGUGACCAAACGGAGUUGUUGAUAAGUUUUAAUACGCGUUUUCGUUUUGAUCCACUUUCAAGAGGGUUUUCAAAUCGAUGCGUUUUGGAUGAACAGGUUCAGCGUAUUGGUGUGGAAGGAAGGCCUAAACGCAUCGCAAUGUAUGCGUAAAGGCAAAAGGCUAUAACGUCAUUGGCGUUAAUGUAUUCCUCCGUGAGUUAAUUAGAUUCAACCGAAAAAAGGUUAAUUCGGUGCCUACUAUACUUCUUCUCUUUCUGGUAGAAAUUUUCUUAUUUCAAAUCAAAAGAUAGAGGAAUUUAUGCGGCCAUGGUUGCUUCACUAGACGAGUCUGUUGGAAACAUUACGAAAGCUCUUAAAGAAGCUGGAAUGUUUAGCAACUCUGUGAUCGUGUUUACUACAGACAAUGGGGGUGCUCCUGCAGGAUUUGAUUGGUUAGUGCACUGAUUUACAACCACCUUGCAAAUACAACGUAUUUUUAUGCUGAUAGCCGAGAGUGGCUCAUGAGCUUGCGGCACAGGCAAGUACAUGCGUGUGUGAAGUUGACAACAGGGGAAGAUUGUGGACCGAAGGUAGAGAGUACAAUGAAAAGGGUGGUUUUAAGGGCUCCCUUAUUUCCAAAUGUGCCCACCACCCUGAGAAUUUGUAAUUAGUUCAUCUGAAAGCUACACAAGUCCCAUGGUGAGGCCAGCAAAGUUAUACAACACCUACUAUAUAGCCCUCAAGACAUAAAAAAAUGCUUGCUUAAAAAGGUGAAAAUAACGACUACGCAGUGAAUAUAUGAAGUUUUAAAAAUGUCACUACUGAAAUCACUUGCAAUUGAGUGCUGAUUUUGGAAAGAGAAUUUAAGUACGUCUUAAAAAAGCAUGGAACUGCUAUAGUUAGAUUUGCCUUGUUAAAGUCGUAAAAAAUAUGAAAUUCAGUAGUGAAAACUUCCCCACCCCUGGGUAGGCCUGUAAUGCCGCGCCUGCCCCACCAUGAUGGGAACAACGACUUGACAAAUGUUUGGCAAAUUCCCGUGAGGGUUUGGUUCGUUUUCAGAGCCAUUAAUCCCCUCCCACGGCCUCCAUUAACCCACCCACACAAAGCCACUCGUGAUUAUCGCGAGAACGCAUUUUUUCUUUCUGACUUGUGAUUCACAUGGGGUCUUAAACCAUUGUACGAUCAGUUUCAAAGUUCAUUUAAGGGAACCUCAAGCCUUCGACAUGUUCGAGCCUGCAAACGAUCCCCAAAAUUCAAACACAUUAAAUAAAGGAAACGGGGAAACAAAAUCUUUAUUUGCUAGCAACUAAAACUCAAAUACAAAUUAGGAAUACGUUUGGAAUACAUUCCGUUGAAUUGCAUAAUCUACGAAAUCUGCUAUGCAUUGUCACUGAACUAUACUGAAUUUUCAUUAUCAAUAUGUAAUAUUGAAAAUUGAUAAUGAAAAUGCAUCGCAUUGUAUUACGUUGCGUUUUUGACGUAUAUUAUUGUUUUUUUUGCCUCAAAGGAGUGAAAGCUGCAACUAUCCCUUCAAGGGAGGCAAGGACAACUUAUGGGAGGGAGGGGUCCGUGGAGUUGGGUUUGUUUACAGCAGUUUGAUUACAAACAAACCCCGAGUGAGUUAUGACUUAAUCGACGUCACAGACUGGCUACCAACCUUUUAUCAUCUCGCUGGAGGAGACGUGCAAACUCUUAUUGGCAAUAAUAUUGAUGGGAUGAAUGUGUGGGACACUAUUGCACACGGUACACCGUCACCGCGAAGCGAGGUAAAUUUUCUCCGUCACACACACACAUGUAUAAUAUGAAUAUAAAAAAAAUAGGAGGAUGAGAUAGAUCGUGAAAGUAUUUAUCAGAAACAAAAAGGAGCUACAAAGUAAUGUUACUCCUGGGUUAUAUUGUUAUCUGCCUCCAUCAGCAGUUAAAUCACGGUACUGUAUAAAUACACUUGAACCUUGUGAUUUUACACUAAAUACAGUAAUACGUACUAUCAAUCAAAAUUCAAAGACUAACAAACUUCAAGAGCGAUUUUCGUAUGACCCUGAAAAAUGGUUUCGGUAAGAGUGUCGUUAUUUUGUUUAUUAGCCAACGGAUGAAAAGAUUCAAACAUGGAUUAUUCGUUUUCCCACCAGAGAAAACCCUAAUAUGUAGAAGGCAUUGUUCGAUUGGCCAAUCGUGUUGCAGUAUGACAUCAAAGCAAAGUAUCGAUUGGUUUCUAGAAAGUUGUCGAGCAUGAAUUUCUUUUACCCGAGCGUUUGCUUAACCAACCAAAAGCCACGCGUUCGAUAAACCAAUCAAAUCGUUCUAUUUCUGUUCGUCGAGUUGUUUCUGUUUUGCUCGUGCGUUUCAUUUCAAGGUCAUACGAAAAUCCCUGUAUCUUACCAGCCUUUUGUGUUAGAAUUAGUUUUCUUCUUUCACACAACCAUCUUGGACAAGUUUGCUGUGGGACGUGGUCGUUAUGAUUAACAGUUAAUUUCUUAUGCAAAAGGGAACGCACAGCUAGGCAAGAACAUCAGAUACAAUGUAAAAUGACUGAAUGGUUCCUACUCCUGGUUUUAUAAUGCUCGGAUGACAUGCGAUAAAGAGACAAGAGACUCGACUGAAAACGGGAAAGCAGUAUAGAUUGAAGCAUGUUAUAACAAACCCCUACGCAAUAAAUCCUGAUUGUUGCGAGGAGAAUUUCUUCAAGUCUUGAAGUUGAUAAGAAACGGGUUAGCAACGGUUAGCCCUGACGUAGCUGCUGGUCGUAUUUGAAAUAACACUGUCUUUGACAGUUAUAGUAAGGAUGAUGUGUCCAAUAUUACACAGUAAAGUAAUAACUCAACUCUCUUUAGAACGAACGCCUUUUUAUGUUCGCUUAUAGCACUUCGUUGUUUUCGGGUUUUACUUCAGUAACAACUUACGGAAACAUGAAAACGUCUAUCCCUUGUUUUUCAAAGGAAAACGGGUCAGCGAAACGUGGUACUUUUCUGUCGUUUCAAACUGAGUGAAAUUCUAAGAACUAAAACGCGACUUGUGGUGGAUAUAUCCAUAGUCAGUAGGAUGAUUUACCAUUGCAGAUUCUCCACAACGUGGAUCCCAUUCGCAAAUUUGCAGCCAUUCGUGUUAACCAAUACAAGUUAGUUGUCAAACAAGAUGCGGUGUUCAAAACCACGUGGCAUCCCAGAUAUGAAGUCACGGGUGAGUUGCCACGCCAACCCAGUACUUUGCCUGGUGCAAUUAUUGACUGCGGGAUAAAUAAAAAAACCGACUGUAAUUCUGAUGUAUCUCCCUGCUUAUUUGACAUAAGUAAAGGUAAGUAAAAAGUCGUUAAUGGUUUAUUUACAACAAUUCUAUGACCUCCUCCCGGUUAACUCAAAUGGAAGAGCACUAGUCUGCCGAGCAAGAUGUAGGUUAAGAACCCGACCGGUCCACCAUACAGUGUCUUUCCGAAAUGUGGCUGUGAUUUAAGAUCUUGUUGUAGUUCAGACAAUCGCGUCAUUGGGCGAGGACGUUAAGCCAUUUGCCUUGUCUCCUCCAUCCUCCUUUCAACCCACACCACUGUUACAAGAGUACACAGUAAGGGAUUUUUCCCCUGUGUUGUGGUCUAUCUUUCACGCAUAAUUCAUGUCAUGGGCUGGGUGAUAUUCAAAAAGCUCGUUUGUGGACUGAUAGAGUCUACCAGUGGCGUCCUUGUAUGCUGAAGUCCGAGUUAAUUUUGAGAUGUCAUUAUAUGAUGUUUGUUCACUAAAAAACGGUUUUGUGGGACAAAGGAAAAUCAAGCCUAUGCGAAGUAAUAAAACCUCAAGUCAAGAAGAAACUACCAAUUCAUUAGGCUAUUUCACAGUUGCCACAGACCCAUGUUUUAACAUGAGCCUAGGCACGAAGAUUUCUUCUCUCUUUUUCAGUAAAAACCAGGAAAAGGUUUUGCACUUGGAAAUCAGGGGCUACUUAAAGUUUUUACCACUUUGAGUUUGAUUUCAUUUAACAACAGAUCCAUGCGAAUACCACAAUAUUGCAGAAAAUAACCUUCAAACAGUACGAAAACUGCUCAAAAGGAUCGUUGAGUAUCAAGACAAAUCAAAACCUGUUUGGUAUCCCGCCAGAGACCCGCGGGCUGAUCCUGCUCUGCAUGGAGGCGUGUGGAGACCUUGGAUGGAUCACAAA